GCACUUCUUUCUCCACUUCAAUUUUGGCUGAACUUAGAAAGUCGUGGGUGAAAUCUGUCGUGAGAAAAACUCGUAACUAUUUUGGGUCUACAAUUGACUGCAUCAAAUGAAGUAUACUAUUGAAAAAGGGAAGCUAACUUGUCCUAUCAAACACUGCAGUCUGUUAGCGCUGUCUUGACUUGUCCAUACUGGCAAAAGCAGGUUAUUGUAGGUUCUCCUCUGACCUGUUUCUGCAAAGUUCUUUACAACGUGGACUGUGAACCUGUUUGAUAACUUAAGGAUAUUUACAAAACCAAUUUAGAGUGCUGUGCAGAACAUUUAUAUGAACCUCUGAGCCUUUGUUUGUAACAGCUGGAAUACUCUGCAGAAAGAGCAUGAGUUCAAACACCUUAGGAAGACAUCUGGUGGCGUGUCUCCUCAACAUUUCUGAGGCGCGCAGGAAAGAUCUGGUAGAAACUGUGGCCAGGGCUGCUUUGUACAACACUGAGGGUUUUCUUGAUGAUUCACCAGGUGUUAAGCGAGAGGGAACCACAGUGCUGAACAUCUUCAAUGAUUAUGACUACAACCGGUCUGUCAUCACUAUUGUUGCCUGUGUUGACUCAAUCAGGGAGGCAGUUUUGUCUGCGUGUGUGAAGGCGUGCGGUCUGAUUGACAUGAGCGCUCACACCGGCGUUCAUCCCUGUCUGGGUGCUGUUGACCUCAUACCCAUCUACCCUUUGGGAGAGGAGGUCGGAGUGGAGCAUUGUGCUCAAGAAGCUCGGGCUGUGGCUCAGGGACUCACAGAGAGGGUCCAGGGAGCCAGUGCCUUUCUGUUCGGCUGGGCAGACUCCCGUUUGCAGCGGGGGCUGGCACAAAGGAGAAAGGAGAUGGGUUGGUUUAAGAAGACACCUGACAUGAAGGCUGUCCGGCCUGACGUGGGUCCACAACCACAGAAACGAUACGGCCUCACAGGUGUUGGAGCCAGCCCGUACGUAAUGAACUGCAACGUCACCAUUGACACUCAGGACAUCUCUGUGGGUCGCAGCAUCGCCACAGCCAUCAGGGAGUCCACCCCCGGGGGCCUCCCUGGUGUUCAGGUUCUGGCUUUACCACACGAGGGAACUGUUGAAAUCGCUUGUAAUGUGGAAAGCGUGAAGGGGGACCCCCCCUGCCACCUGGCAGCUGAACCUUGGCCAUCGUUCACCAUAGACGGACAGAAAUACUGUCACCCGCCGGCAUCUCUCAUCACAGCCAGGGUAGCAGAGCUAGCAGGAAGGCAGGGGGUCGGCUUAAAGGGCACGGCUCUGGUUGGGUUCACCCCCCAUGAGUGCAGGAGCUUAGCAGAGUUUGCUUUAUCGCAAGGAAUUGCAGAAUUUUGGAAGGAGCAGCGCAGGAUUCGCAUGUAAAAGGAAUAUUUUUGUCAAACCUGUGAAAUGCAAUAAAGUAAGGCUAUAUCUUUGAGUGAUGAGAUGGAUAUUUGAUCUCCUAGAGCUAAUACUUUUAGUGUUUUUAAUUGAAGUAAAUCUUUCUUACAUAACCAGUCAUUAUUCGUCUAAAUCCUUAUGUAACAACAUUUUACAACAGAAAAAAUAUACCUGAGUGUAGAUAGAUUAAACUAACUAAUUUCAUUCUCAGGAAAAUCUUUCUUUUAAUAUCAUCUUCUGAGGGUUUUGUGCCAAUAUACUGUUACACCAUAAACAAAAAAAUCUCAUAUUAAAGUUGCAAACUGCCAUACA